GUUGAGGAGGAGGCGAGUCGCGGUGAGUACGCACUGAGUACGCACUGCAACAUUAUAGUGAUACUUUUUAGACUAAACAAGACGUUAAAUUAUCCAGGCAAUACACCGAUUUGAAGAAACAUAAUCACAGCCUUGAACUCUGAGAUGUCGUCUCCUCGUCGUCUCUGGUUUGCGCUGGUCCGAUGAUCACCUGAGCCGACACUUCUCGCACUUUCAUUAGUUUGACCCGGGUCGCCUCUGUCACCUGCGUUUUACGACCAUGUCGGGCGGCAGCUUCUUCAGCAAAAUGCGGUCCGCCUUCCGCAAAGACCGUAACGACUGGGACUUGAGCGACACGGCGCCUUUCGAAUUCUCAGACGAGCUGGUCGAAGACGAUGGGCCCAAGUUCAACAAGCUGAGGGUGGUGGUGUCGGGGGAGAUGUCGGACUACGCCUCGGGGGUCGCCGGGAACGGGCUGGCGGUGAACACGCUGGUGGUCGGAGGAGGGGAUGAUGAUGAUUCUUUGCUGGAUGCGAGUUUGGGGAGUCCCGGGACCAACCUGGAUCCGUGCGAAAAUUGCAUCAGGAGGAAGGAGAACCUCAAACACAAGAAGGUGAUGAAGAGGCUGAUCAUCGCGGCGACGCUCUACUUCCUGUUUAUGACCGGAGAAAUAAUCGGUGGUUAUGUGUCGAACAGUCUGGCCAUUAUGACAGAUGCUGUGCACAUGCUGACGGAUGUGGUCGGCAUUUUGUUUUCUCUUCUCGCUCUCUGGCUCUCCACCAAACCUCCGACAAAGAGAUUCACCUUUGGACUGCAUAGACUCGAGGUGGUGUCUGCGGUGCUCAGUGUGAUGUUGAUCUACAUUCUGACUGCGGUUCUGGUGUUCGAGGCCGUGCAGAGGACCAUGAGCCAGGACUUCGACAUCGACGGAGACGUUAUGCUCAUCACUGCAGCUGUGGGCGUCGCCGUCAACCUCAUAAUGGGUUUCCUGUUGAACCAGAACGGGCACCUCCACUCCCACGGCCACGGUCACUCUCACGGCCCAGCAGCGGUGCAGGUUUCUGGGGCAGAGAGACGGAAGUCCCAUGGGAGUCUGGCUGUCCGCGCGGCCUUCAUCCACGCUUUAGGAGACCUGCUCCAGAGCGUCGGGGUGCUCAUCGCUGCAUAUAUCGUCCGAUUUAAGCCGGAGUAUAAACUGGCAGACCCUAUUUGCACAUAUAUAUUCUCUGUGCUGGUCAUUUGCACGACAUUCCGCAUCAUUCGAGACACAGUCGUCAUCGUCCUUGAAGGUGUCCCGAGACAUCUGGACACUCAGCGAAUCAGAGAAGAGCUGUUGAAACUCGAGGACGUCCAGUCUGUGGAGGAGCUGAACGUGUGGGCGCUGACCGCAGACAACACGGCCGCUUUAGUCCAUCUGCAGCUCACGCCCUCUGGUGGCACAAAUUGGGAGGAGGUCCAGUCCAAAGCACGUCACUUGCUUCUCCACACGUAUGGCGUCAGUCGGUGCACGGUUCAAAUCCAAACUUUCAGACAACGACAGAACUACAGCUGUACGAACUGCCUGCCCCAAACAGCAUGAGGGCACUGUGGAGCUGGAACUUUACAUUUAACGGACUGUGCUUCUAUCAGCUGUUUCUGCUGGACCACAGUAGAAGAAGAAGAAGUGUGCAGAGAUGGUGCCAAAAGACGAUUUGGGGUUUUGUGCUACGCUGCUUAGCUUUGGGCAACCCAGUCACCUCUGAUAAACACAUGGUAAUAGGAAGAAUGCUACAAGCUAAAUCAGUAUUCUACAGUUUAUUUAGCAAAUGUUUCUGUUGAUACUUUGCAGGGACAUCAUGUUGGGGGUGUUCUACGUGUAUGUGUAUGGCAGAAUGUUUAUCGGUUACCAUGUUGAUUGAAAAAAUACAAAAUGGAUUUAAACGGCACAUUUUCAGGAGCCUGUGAUCAGUCCGUGCAUUCAUGGUCCUGUUUAGGAGUUUGAUUUUGCACAAAAAGUGAAAGUGAGUUACUGAAAAACUGUUGGCUAACAGCACAAAUCAGCUCACCUGUUGUAGUUCUAGCUGGUAAGAUUGUGUUCAAAUAGAGCUGAGAUUAAGUAUAAUUUGAGUAACAGAGCUUCAUACAGAGCAGUGCCUACAGUUAGCACCUGUUGAUGACAUCAGCUGCAAAGUAUCAAUAGUGACUAUUUUUCAUACAGGUUACGUCACACUUUAUAAUUACUACAGGCAUGAUUGUAUUAUUUAAACCUGAAACCGAAUUUAUGCUUGUGAAUGUGAGAAAAAUGAAAUUAUAAUUUUUUUUAAAUCAAUAUUUAGUAUUAUGACGACGUAGCAUGUCCCUCAAUGUGAAAUUUACACAUUAUUUAUUUUAAUUAAAGAGGCUCCAUGCUCAGCAGCUAGCUAGCUCACUGUGUCUCAAAGCUAACGCUAACUUUUAAAACAGUGAAGCAAAUUACAAACUACCUGAUUUUAUAUGGUCAUUACUACAGUUUGCGGCGUACUUUUAAGAAUUUUGUGCCUCAAAAUUAGUAUUAGCAUUGAGACAAAUAUCUCCUUUUCUAAUCAAUCAAGUAGUCAGUGAGGCUGCUGUUGUGCACAGAGCCAAAUGUCUAUUUUCCAUGUUUUGUUUCGGUGACUGGGUUGUCGCUAAAGCCAGGGGGCGCUGUUGUAAACCUGCUGAAGAAAGCUGCAUAUCUUGAAGCUCUUAAAUCACCACGGAAGCCUUUUUUCACUUUAAUUUUCUUUUGUACUUUUAAUUUCUCAGAUGUUAAGUUUGUUUGUUUUUUACUAGGACUAAGCUAUGAAUUAAUUAUUAAUUUACUAAAACCAUCUGCACUUACCUCACGCCACAAAAGUAAAAACUGAUGCACGAGUGGGAGUACUCGGUGUUGUGAGUGGACCAAUGGAUGAGCUCAAGAGACUUUGUGACUAUAGUGUAACUGAAAAGAUAAAAUUGUAAAGCAAAGUGUCUUGUUUUAGGGCACAAUAGCAGUAUGGUAUGUGCUGGUCAGAGCUGGGAUCGGACCAACAACCUGCUAGUUAGACCCUUAUUCUAACCAACUGAGCCACCGAUGCCUCGAACAAAUGUUAAAGGCAUACUACGUAACUUUUCUAGCAGAAGAUCCAUCACUUACUUGACCGAGGAUGAGGGGAGCCCAGAAUUGGACCCGCUUCCUAUUGAUUUAUAUUAGAGUGGGGCCCAUGUGAGGCUUUUUGUCAUGGGGCGCACAAAUUUCUGCUGACGGCCCUGCAAAAAAGUGUUCCAUUGGCAUUCAAUCUGUCUUUUGCCAUGGAAACGAGCAAGUUAUAGUUAAAGUAUACUGACAUUGCAGUCCUUUGGUCCACUGGUUUAUACUGUCCAGAUUUACCAAUGUACUAAUACACUGGAGGCGGCCAUUUUGUCUCGAUGUUAAACACUAUCAGUUAUUCUAAUAUGAAUAAUAGUCACACUUUUAAUAGCCUUAAUAAAACAUGAACAAAGACUUAAUUCAUAAUGAACAAAUGGUUUAUUAAGAAUGAUUCAGACUUAAUUAACACCCGAACUCAUUAAUUAAAGUUACUAAGCCUGAAUCAUUCUUAAAGGUCCUUUAUUAAAAAAAAACUCUUGUGAUAUUUCAGUCAUGUUCUAAUGCCGUUUCCUCCUCAAAAACAGACCUGGAGUUGUGUUUUGUUUGCAUUAUUAGUCUGUCUUGUUUAUUAUGAAUUAAGUCUUUAUUCAUGCUUUAUUAAGUCUAAUUAAAGUGUAGUUAUUCUAAAGUGGUACUGAAAUAUUUCGUCCAUUUGCUUUGACCAGCACGUUACUGACUUUUUUUUCACAAUAGCAACUGACAAUCACAAUAGCUGACUUUUAACAUGACGAACCUGGGAGAAUAAAUGGGACGCCCAGUGUUUCAGACUCAGUGUUUUUAAUUAAAAGCUGCUGUGCAUUCAAACAAGUGUUAAUUGGUCUGAAAGAAAAUAUUAAAUUUGGAACUGGAAUAUUGUUUUGUAAGUAAUAAAGUAUUUAAUCUGA